AUGAAUCAAAAAGGCGGUUCUCAAACGCUUGCUCAAGGAACAGCUUCUGAAGAAACAACCUAUUCUCAGUAUAUGAAGCCAUACGGCCCUUACUCAGAUGAGAGCGAUAUUCAAUCUGAUAGUCAGCAAGCUACUGAAUCUUGGAAGCAUGAGAAUGACGCUUCAACCAAUACCAAAUAUGAUACUAUCAAGCACAAGUCCAAGACAAACUUAUCUUCUCAAACUAAGGACACUGUGCUGAACUCACCUUUCUAUGAUGAGACAUCAGAUUAUGUAACAGACGAUGUUAAAUCAAGCACAUUCCAUGCCUCAGAUGAAGUACAUUCCCCUACGCCUGGUGCGGCCGCUUUACAGAAGCAGAUUGACCCAUACAAUGAAUAUCUUACAAGUGAGCUUUCUGAUGUAGUUAAACUACCAGUAAAGCACUCUCAGCAAAAGAUGCCCUUGACAGAGAAAAAUGAAUACUCUAAGUAUCAUGAAAAGUCGAAGAUGCAUCAAGAUAUCGUAAAAACAAAGGAUGCUCAAUCUCUUUACUCCUAUAAGCUCAGAAGGCAGCCAACCCUUUUUUCAAUCGUUAGCCCUGAUGAGCAAAGCCAACCUGAUCAGUUCUUUUCUGAUGGUGAUUAUAUCCCUGAAGUUGUACAAGAAGAGCCCAUACAUACUGAGGAUGCGGCUAAUAGCAGCACUAUUAAUGAUGAUACCUUUGAAAGCGUCCAAAAUGAACCUGUUGAUACCAAAAACACUGCUGCUACUGCUACUGUUGAAGAGGAUACCCCAAGAGAUCUUCAAGAAGAACCUAUGAGGAUAGAUAACGCCUCUAGCACAACAGCUUCUAACAAAGCCUGUUCAAGUCAGCUUAGUGACCGCGUUACCCAAGAUACAUACCAAGAAGCACAGACCACCAAUAAAAAUACAUCAACUGCACAAACAAAUGACGAUCAGAGCACAGAAAAUAUAGCAAAUCCAUCCACUACCACCAACAUUGUAAAUAACCAGCAUGAAUCUAUUACAGAUGAAAAUGUAAAUAAUGAACUGAAUAAGCUCUUGCAAGACAAAUACAGCCCACUUGCAGAAGCAGACAUGAAGAAACUCAUCCCUCAAGUAUUAAAAAAACUGCCCGCGAAAAAGCGCAAUGAGCUUUGUUCAUAUCUACCCUUGCCUGAUGUUAACUCUGGAAAGAUAACACAGGACUUUAUAAAGCAUGGCAAUACUAUUUUCUGGGAAUCAGCUACACUCUGGCAGCAGUUCCUUUCUGCUGGAUCCUUCAAUCCAUCCAGAAAAAGAAAGGAGAGAGAAGAAAAUACCGAAAGCCCUUUUAAAGAUGAUCAAUAUGAAGAAUACUGGGGCGCCAAAAUUGAAAAGGCUCGCAAGAAGAAAACAAGGACUUCCAGCAGAAACAAAUAA